CACUGGCUAACAAAGAAAAACUGCUGUCACUAAAAAAAAAAAAGAAUUCCAAGGAUAUUCGUAAGAAAAACAAAAGGAUUACUUUGGUCUAAGGAUCUACAUGUUAAGGGAAGAAUUAUGGCUUUUUAAAAGGAUCAUUUUUACCUAAAAGCAUCCAAGAUAUGGACUUUCAGAGCUCAGGAAAGGAUUGGAAAUGGCAAGUAGUAUAUUUCUUUUUCCUAUAUAGCUGGGGCUGGGUUUCAGGGCAGCUUCGAUAUUCUAUUGCAGAGGAGUCAGAGCCAGGAACAUUGGUAGGGAAUGUGGCUAGGGAUCUAGGAUUAAACCUGGCAGAUAUUGUGAAACGCAGGCUGAUUUUGGAAUCUGAUAGAAAUUACAGAUAUUUUAUCAUUGACCAGAAUACUGGAGCUUUGAUUGUUAAAGACAGGAUUGACCGGGAAACCCUGUGUGAUUCCAUUAUACCCUGUUUAUAUCCUUUAGAGUUAAACAUUGAAAAUCCUUUUGAACUGUUUAGUAUUGAAAUAGAAAUAUUGGAUGUUAAUGAUAAUUCUCCCACUUUUUCAACAUCUGACCAAGUAAUUGCAAUCACAGAGCUAAUUACUAAUCCAGGUGUUAGAUUUCCUUUAGUUACUGCUCAGGAUGCAGAUGUUGGAAUCAAUGGUGUGAGCCAGUAUAAGAUAAACCCAAGCCCUUGGUUUUCUUUGUCUGUUAAGAAUCGAAACGAUGGAACGCUCAUUGCAGAAUUAGUACUGGAAAAAACCUUAGAUAGGGAGGAAAAGGGACAGCAUUCUUUACUGCUAACUGCAGUGGAUGGUGGAGAAAAACCAAGGUCCGGUUCUACCCAAAUAACUAUUGUCGUCUUAGAUAUUAAUGACAAUGCUCCUGUGUUUGAUCAGUCAACUUAUAAAAUCAGCUUGGUGGAAAAUAUUCCUUUGAAAACUGUUAUUUUGAAACUAAAUGCAACAGAUUUGGAUGAGGCUGUUAAUGCUGAAAUAAGUUAUUCUUUUGAUGACCAUAUAUUGGAUUCAGCAAGAAAAAUAUUUGACAUAAAUCCAAACACAGGGGAAAUAUAUAUUAAAGGAUUUGUGGAUUAUGAAGUCACAAAAUCUUAUGAGCUAUUUGUCAAAGCUAUAGAUGGGGGCACACCAAAGCUAGAGGGGCGCUGCCUUGUCCAGAUUGAAGUGGAAGAUGUCAACGAUAAUAGCCCAGAAAUUAUUUUUACAUCUAAGACCAGAGAAGUGCCUGAAGAUGCUCCUAUAGGAACUGUUGUUGGGUUUAUCACUGUGAGAGAUAAAGACUCUGGGAGGAACGGAGAAGUACAAGUGGAUGUUUCAUCAGAUUUGCCUUUUAAAAUUCAGCCUUUCAAAAAUAGAUAUUCAUUGGUGACAAGCAAUUAUCUGGACAGAGAAAAGACUGCACAAUAUAAUAUUAAAGUUACUGCUUCUGAUUUGGGUUCUCCGGCUUUAAAAAAUCAGACAAUAAUCAUUUUCAAUGUUUCGGAUGUUAAUGAUAACGCUCCAGUCUUUGUUCAAUCUGUGUACAGUACCUAUAUAAAAGAAAACAAUGAACCUGGCACAUUAUUAUGUACUGUUUCUGCAGUUGAUCCAGAUGCAGGAUCAGAUUUUGGCAUAACUUAUUCUAUAGUUGAAGGCCAAAUUCAUGGUUCCCCCAUAUCUUCCUUUGUGUACAUCAAUUCCAAUAAUGGCAAUAUUUAUGUCCAACGACCUUUUGAUUAUGAAUAUUUUCAGAUUCUGCAAAUAACUGCAAUGGUGGAAGAUUCUGGAUCUCCAAGGUUAACAUCAAAUGCCUCAGUAUUUAUAUUUAUUUUAGAUACAAAUGAUAAUGCUCCUUCUGUAUUAAACUCAGAUGUUUCAGAUGGAUUUAUUGUCCGAGAGAAGGUUUCACAGUCUGCUUCUGCUGGCUAUUUGGUUAGCAAAAUAUCUGCUGUGGAUCUCGACUCUGGAUACAAUGCUUGGCUUAUGUACAGGAUUCUUGAACCAAUAAGCCAAACCUUAUUUCAGAUUUCCACUUACACAGGAGAAAUAAGAACAAUCCGAGGUUUCCAUGAAAUGGAUAUUGCUGAACAACACCUUGUUAUUUUAGUCAGUGACCACGGAGAACCAGCAUUGUCUGCUACCGUUACAGUGAUUGUAAAUGUAGUUGACGCCAUUCAACAAGAGUUUACUCACUCUCAGGACUUUAUUUCAAAUCCACCAACAUCAACAAAUUUGACCUUAUAUUUAAUCAUUUCAUUGGUCGCCAUUACUUUAGUUUUUCUUACAACUUUCAUCAUUUUGUUUGUGAAAUGUCUGAAAAGGGACAGUUGCAACACCAGCUGUGGAUUUUGCUUUUCAGACAAAUACCAGGCCAACCAUUACACAGACCAGUAUAAACCAACACUUUACCUGAAUUCAGAUGGAACCUUAAAAUACAUGGAAGUGAGGAUGGCUCCCCCAGAAUCACAAGCACAAUGUUAUCAAGCUUGUUUUCCUUCUACUACAGACACUUUUGUGCAACCUAUGAAUUUUACCCAGGUGAAAGAUUUCUUAGGUGAAUCCAUUCCAACCCACACAACCAAUACUAAUGAGGCAAAGCAGGUGAGAGAAGUGUUAUUAGAUUUCUUUAUUUUAAUAGAAAUUACAUUUAUAUUGAAUUGUACUGUAAACAUGUUUGGUAAUAUUUAA